GGCGUUGGUUGGUUUGCCACUGGUCUUCCGUGGAGGGUAAUCGCGCCAUGUAUUUGUUGAGUAUUUUAUUAUAUUUUCUGGUACUAAAACCUCUGGAGCUGUUAUUGUCCGGCUGUGGCGGAGACGGUGUUAAUCUAGCGGCCUUUGAGCUCCGCAGCAGGCGUCUGUGCACAAAAAGCUGUUCUGUCGUUUCCAGAGAAUGGCAGAAUGAAGACGACGGACUCCACAUAGCCCACUCCACACGAGUGAUCAACGCGGCCCACACUGAGACCGGCGAUCCCCAAGUCGGAAAUACACAACAGGAACGGUUUUUGCUGUUGAUGCUGUAAUUUAAGAGGUGGGCACAGUGUGGAGACCUGCGAGCAACAGCUGUGUGCUGGAGCUGGAUUAAUCUGCCUCUGGAACAGCAGAGGGGGGGUGGCAGGACCUACAUCACGCUAAAACCAGAUGGCCUUCUUCUGGAGAGGACAGGCCUUGUGCCGGCAGAUCAGGGACGCGUGCUGGGCGGUCGCCGCGGCAACGGCGGUACAGCGGGGUGUGCAGCGGCGGCAGCUGCACGUUGGGGAGCGGGCCACGCUGUCCAAGGCCUUCAGCUCCAGAGACGUGGCCGUGUUCGCCGAGCUGACGGGGGACGCCAACCCCAUCCACCUGGACCCCGCCUACGCCCGCACCACCUCCUUCGAGAGCCCCAUCGUUCACGGGGUGCUGAUUAACGGGCUUAUCUCGGCCGUCCUCGGCACCAAGAUGCCCGGCAGCGGCUGCAUAUUCCUCUACCAGGAGAUCCGCUUCCCCGCGCCGCUCUACGUGGGUGAGGAGGUGCUGGCCGAGGCAGAGGUGAAAAAGAUCAAAAUGUCCUUCGCCCUGAUCUCUGUGUCCUGCUCAGUGAAGGACAAAGUGGUGAUGGAAGGAGAGGUCAUGGUGAUGAUGCCAGAGGCCCGAAAGAGACAGUGAAAGGAACCAUGAGGAGCCAUGACCUUGGCAGCACUGCCAUCCUGCGGAACUUUUUCAUUUAUUUGCUUGGAUUUUGUUCUAAAAAAAUCACAGUACAGCCCACGUACAUAGAUGCACGUCCAUCUAUGAAAUGCCUUCACUGGGUUUGUAAUAAACCAUAAUCGUUGUU